AUGCGCAGCCAGCAAAGGCGAGCGAAGCGGAAGGGCGGGUCACGGAAGAGGUCGAAGAGGGGGAGGUCGACUCUUUCGCUCCUCGCUCCUCCCUCGUUCUCACCUCGACCUGGAGCGAUGCCGCCCAAAGGGAAGGGCAAGAAAGACGGCGACGACAGCGCUGGAGGGAAGUUAAAGUCGGCUCAGUCGCUCAAGCUUCGGCACAUUCUUUGCGAGAAGGCCAGCAAGGCGCAGCAGGCGCUCGAGCGGCUUAAGGCGGGCGAAGCGUUCGACAAGGUUGCGAGUGACAUGAGCGAGGACAAGGCGCGGCAAGGCGGGUCGCUCGGCUGGAUGAACCGGACAGGAAUGGUCGGACCGUUCCAAGACGCAGCGUUUGAUAUCCCCGUCUCAACGGUCGGCAAGCCCAUCUACAAGGAGAUCAAGACAAAAUUCGGCUACCAGUCUGUCCACCCCAUCCUCAUCGUCAUGGUCGAGGACCGGAAGUAG